AUGGCAGCCGCAGAUAUCGACGACUCAUCCCCACCAAGCGGCUCGAGGACGCCGCGGGGAACCGCCCAUCUGCCUGAGGGGUGUACGUGGGGACCACUAUACUCUGUCAGCGCGACAGGAGGUCCGGAGGUUUAUUACCCUCCUUCCAAGAGCACCGUCACGCCCACCACCACCGCUCCUGCCUCACCCUCCUCUUCGUCUCCUGCCCAGAAACAGCUCGGUCCCCCUUCACCCCCGGUCGGUCGGCUAAUAUGGGUCGACUUCCCCUCUGGAUCCCCAUCCAAUCCGUUUCACUUCUCGCCUCGGAGAAAGAUGGCAAUCGUGGCGGUAGCCACUUACUUUACAGGCAUCACCGCCUACUCCACCUCGGCGUAUUCGAUCGGCGUGCCGUCUAUGACUGCUGAGCUGGGGAACACGGCGUUGCAAGCUGCUGCAGGACUGGCGCUGUAUGCUUGGGGAUUCGGGAUUGCGCCGAUGGUACUGGCGCCGCUGAGUGAGGAGUAUGGACGCAAAUGGACGUACAUCAUCGCUGUGGCGAUCUUUACGGUUCUGCAUCUGAUGUUGACGUUGGGGAAGAACAUAGGAACGGUCCUCGUUGGGCGCUUCCUCAUUGGUGCUGCUGGAUCCCUCGGUGCGACAUUAGUGGGAGGAACGAUAUCAGACAUCUUCAUACCGGAGGAACGAGGGUUACCGAUGGCUCUGUUCGCACUCAUGGCCAUGUUCUUCACCGGUCUCGGACCCAUCGCCAUGUGCUGGGUCGAAGCACGGCCAGAUUUGGGGUGGAGAUGGAUCCAAUGGAUAGAGAUGAUCGCUAUUGGUGCAUACAUACCUUUCGUGGUCUUCAUCCUGACGGAGACUCGCGCACCAGUCAUUAUCCGCCGUCGCGCCGCUGUACUGCGGAAAGAGCGUGGAUUGACAGACGGCGGGAGAUACACCGCUCGGAGUGAGAUUGGGAGGCAAAAGUUCUUUGCGGCCAUGUCGACGAGCUUACUAAGACCUCUUUUAUUCCUUUGCGUCGAGCCCAUCGUCACCUUCUUUUCGGUGUGGAUCUCCCUUGCUUGGGGUGUUUUCUAUACUCAGGUAUUCGGGCUGCCAUUCCUGUACCCUCGAGUGUAUGGCUUCACAACAACCCAGACUGGGCUGAUCUACUCUACUAUCUGUAUCGGAAGUCUCCUUGGGUUUGCUUGUAACUUUAUCCAGGAUGCGAUAUAUCGACGAAAGGUUGCAAAGCACGGUGUUGAAGCGCGGCUAUAUGGAGCCAUGACGGCCGGUAUCGCACUUUUUGUCGGGUGUAUGUUGUACGCCUUCACUAUCCGGCCAGAUGUACACUGGGCGGUACCCGCUAUUGGUGUCAUCAUCAUCAUCGCCUGUGUGAUCACACUGUAUAUCACUGGCUUUGUUUAUUUAUCGGAAUGUUACGGAUCCUACGCCUCCUCUGCUCUGGCUGGCAUGUCUUUUUUGAGGAACAUGUUUGCGGGUGCAUUCUCUAUGUUUACGCAAGAUAUGUACAUCUCACUCACCCCCCGCUGGGCCAUCUUCCUCAUGGGCAUGGUCGCCGGCGUACUCGGCAUAGUCCCCUUCAUCGCAUACUGGAAGGGUCCAGAAAUAAGAGCCCGGAGCAAAUACAGCAAGAUCUUGAUGGAGGAGGAGAGGCGAAGAGUCGCGGAUGCAGAAAGAGAGGAUGAGGAGCGGGCGCACGAGGAGGCGCAGGAAGAAGAAGAGUGGAAUGGGGGAAGAAUGAGGGGGUCGGGCGAGAAGACGUUGCGGGAGUCAGGUCAUGGGACGGCAGAGAUGGCAGAGAAAGGUAGAACAACGAGAUACGGUUGA